UUAACUGCAUUUUAGCGUCUAAGGUUUAUGAGUGGCAGAAUAAUUGGGGUUCAGGCUUGUCGACUAAGGAGUUUGCUCAAAUUCAUGAACUUGACAAAACUAUAACCCACUAUGCAACAGAUGAAAGCGCCUCGGCAAAAAGUUCCCCGGCUGUCAGCCUUUAUGAUCUUAACACGCGAGAAGAUGAUUUUAAAAAGGGAAUAGUUGCUAUUAGACCACUUGUGGCAAAAGGCAGUCAAGUCUGUUUCAUUUCACAAGUGGUAAAAUACUGGCCUGGAACAGAAAAAGCUGUAACUAACCGGCAUGGGACCACAAUAAAUGCACCGAAAUCAACAAAUUACUACAAAGUAAAGAAGGUAUUCCCGUCAAACCUUGACCCUCUUUCUAUACAAAGUAUAGCUGACUUCUGUAACGUAGAUUCGGACCAUAUAUUCUACAUGGAUCCCAUUGAAAAUGUGAAAGGUUACAAACAGAAGUUGAAGAUCCAUGGACUCUUUGGACGCUUGGUUGUUGGUAUUCCGGAUAAACACAUUGAUACAGUAUUUGGAUGUACAGGCUGCUGAGAUUGAAAUCUUAUGUUGCGAAUUUUUGGAAUUUCAGGAUAAAGAUUGAAAACGAAAGUCUUGCGAGAGUUCUAUGUACAUAAUAAAACUUGACUAAUUUUUAUUUCAUUUCUUUCUUAGGUUUUCUUCGUCAAAAUGCUUCGGAUUUUUUAAGAAAUUUUUACUGUAAGUGAAGGUUGCAGAGUAAAAUGUUAGAUUAAUUCUAAUGUAUUUUAUUUUCAGCAGUCAUAUAAUGAAUCAACAUAUAAAUGUCAUACUGAAGUGAGGAUAGCCUCAUAUAAUAAUUAUUUGUGUUAUUGCAUGUUUUACAUAUGUGUUUAAACACACCACUGAAUAGCCUUUUCCCUUAUUAUUUUUUACAAUGUGUAUGUUUGUUGAAGCUUAUUACUACAUUUGGCACACUGUUUUUGCACGUUAAAUACUAUAUUAGAAUUAUUCCGUUUCAAAUCACUGAUUUUUUAGGUUUGAUUGUUAAAAUUGUAUUGUUAUUGUAUAGUUUUGAUAUUGUAUACCAGAUAUAUGUUAACGUGUAUAAUGAUUCAUAUUGCACUGUUAAGAAAUUUAUAUUGCAUACAUUGCUCAGCGUUACAGUUUGAUAUUACACGGUUAUAAAGACUUAUAGCACGACGCUUAUUGACCAUUCUAUAUUGAUGUUAUAAUGUUUACUGAACGGUUAUUUCUUAGAGCUAAAAUUAUUUUCUAUAUAAUUAACUAUAAUUUAUAUGUUUAAAUACGGGCGUGCCCUGCUUUUAUUGUAAUUUUCUUUGAUCACCAUUUCCUUUAUUUUGCGUAACGUGUGGUCGUAUAACUGACACUUCUUUGUUUUUGUUGAUGUACUAAAAUAAUUUAGAAAUCUGUUUGAUUUUUUUAAAUAAUAUAGUUGAUAUUAUAUAUUGUUGCUGUUUUAAGCAAAACGCAUUUGAUUUUUUUAAGGUUUUAGUAAAGAAAAUGAAAUAAAAAUUAUUUGUCUUCUUCUUUAUUUGACUCCAUGCAUAGACGUUUAAUACAUAACAUAUAUAACAAUAUUGUGUUAAUGUAAAAUACAUAUUUAUUAACCUUCGCCGUCGUCUACUUUAAAGGAAAACAUUGCCCAUGUAGAUGACUAAGUUAGAAAAUUAAAACAUCUAUAUCUUUAAAAAAAAGUCAGUAUGUUUUAAAGAUAUUUUAUCCUUUAUAAAAUAAAUUUGAUAGCAUUUCUGACCCCUAAUCGUCCUUUAAUGUUAAAUAAUGGAUAAUUAUGACGUAAUAUCACUGAUAAAAGCCUCUUUUUCUGUAGCAAAGUAAUUUUUGACACGAAGUAAAGAUAACUUACAAUAACAUUGGUUAUAAAAGUCAGGCUCGUAAAAGUUUAUAUUUGAUUUGCCAUGGUCAUUUCAAUAUACAAUGUAAAAUUUCAAGGUAACUUACGGCAUCUUUAGAUCAGAAUUAUCUCCUUUGACACAAAUAGUUACGCAGAAGUCGUAAAAGUUUUCACAUAGUCAACAGUGAUAAUGAUUCCUAUAUUGUACUAUCAAUGAAGUCAGGAGGUAAAUAAAACAAAGAUAUUUUCUUGCUUGUGUCUCUGCAUUCUAGGUCACUAACACCUUGUUGUUUUUUUAAUUCACAUAGUAUAUCUACGUUGCAACUCUAUACUAGCUACAUGUUGUCCCCAUUUAAAAUACUUUUGUAUAAUGGUAAAACAGGAAUAAAGAUACAAUUUCAUGAUAAUUUAGAAUAAAAGUAUAACGACUUUCAAGCUCACAAAUAGAAAAAGCGGCAAUAAAACAAUUCUAAUUAAUACAACGUAAAUAGAAAAUCGUUUCCCACAAUCAACUAGCUUUUUUGUACUUCACACUGAAAAAAAAUAAAUCAAAGGCCCUUUAUGCCUAAGAAGUGCUAUCAUAACUUCCCAAAAUGUGUUUAUGUUUUGGUACUUGUUACAAUUUCAAAAAUAUACUAAUUUGCUAAAUACCUGAACUAUCUUAUACAUCUUUUGCAUUGUUAACAAUAAGUAUAAUUUAAGUAAAUAAGUAUUUUGUAUGGAAGUCAAAUACUACUUUGUUUACAUUCUGCUACCUUUACGAUACAUAAAUAGAGCUUACCUUAUCAAACACAUGUUUGACAUUUCUAACGAAUAUAAAAUAUGGAUUUCUGAGGCA